AUGGCGUCUAGCAUGUCGUUCUCGCAGUUUGAGGGGGCCAAGCCUCCAUCCGCCGCAAGCUUCGUGCGGCAGGCCUCGCAAUGCCGCCCGCGCAUGUACCAAACAAGAGCCAUUCUCUUCUCAAUCGUAUCCUUCUUAUUGCUUCUUUGGCUUUUUUCGUCCUCCGGGAACCAGUCCGAGCCGGACUAUUGGGCGGAAUUUCCAUCUCGCCAUCCUUUCACCGAACGCCCAGAAGACGCGCAGGUCGCACUUCAGCCAAAGUCGGGCAGUUCUGUAAAUGACAGUGUCCCGCACGACCUUGACCAUGGCCGCCCUCAUCUCCAUCUCCUCGUCCCUACCGUCAAGGGAACCCGGGGCGCCUGUCGCACCGUAACUUCCGCCAUGAUUCUGGGGUAUCCACCACCAACAUUGAUCGGCUAUGGUCGUCAAAAGCCAGGAGCGACGGAGUUGGAGAUCACUGUCGAUCGGAUCACCCGUAUCCGAGAUUAUCUGAAGAAUAGUCGCACCGUCAAGGAUCGUGACUUUGUCUUGAUUGUGGAUGCCCAGGACGUGUUCUUCCAACUACCCCCGUGGAUCCUUAUCAAAAGAUUCCAAGAUACCGUGCGCACGAACAAUCAAAAGCUGGCGAGGAAAUACGGCUACGCAGCGCCUGAAAAGCCCAAUGGGUCGCCCCCCGAGGUAAUUCCAAAGUAUACCCACCGGGUCCUGUUUGGUGCGAGUAAGGUCUGCUAUAGUGCUCUCAAAAAUGACCCGGGAUGCGUCACUGUUCCCGAAUCGACCUUGCCGCCUGACGUAUACGGAUGGAAGACAGAUGCCCAUCCAGAUGGUCAUCUCACCCGACCUCGAUGGUUGAACCCCGGUGCGGUUAUUGGUCAGGCUGCCGACCUGCGGAUCAUCUACGACGAGGUUCUUCAGUUGAUGGAACGACACCCUACAAACCACAGCGACUAUCGGGCACUGACGCAGAUGUUUGGGCGUCAGGAAGUGAUCCGUGAAUUAGAGCGACUGCGGACCGUCAACAAAGUCAAGGAAUGGGUCUAUGGGAUGUUGGGUAUCUCUGACGCAGUUGAUAUUGACGGAAUCAGCGUUCGACUCGAGUCCGGCCAUCGCUAUGAGUACGGUAUCGGGGUGGACUAUGAGUCGCAACUCUUCUUUAAUCAGAUCCUGUCACGAAACGACCUCGAGUGGAUCAAGUUCAGCAAUAUUACCACCACAUCGCUCUUGCAGGGGCAAUUCGGGGUUCCGCGUGAACAUCGUCUUCUCCUUCCAGACGAUAUCGCGGCCCUCCCCAAUCCUUUUGACCAGACUCGCUCUGCGAGCCAAAAGAGCGCGGUGCCGUCCUUCAAUUUCACGCUGGACAAACUCCCGAAUCCUCAACACCAUUCAUGGAGCAAUCUCUCCUUGGCCACGAACCCUCACUCGGCCUCUGUUCCGGUGCUCCUUCAUCUCAACGGAGACCCCAAGCUACGCAACACCUGGUGGGAGAAAAUGUGGUUCUUCCCUUCGGCUCGAGCUCUCCUGCGGCGAUACGUCCGCUCGUCGCACGACUUCGAUGCGGCGCAGUCUGCUCUCCUGGGGGGUCAGGAUUGGUGGGACAUGCGCGGUGGACGAGGUGGUCUGUGGACGGAUGAUGAGAAUUGGGUGACAAUUUCCGAGGUGUGUCAGGGCCAGGAGCGAGAUUUGUUUGACGAUGAUCUUGGCCCUUGGGGCAAAGAAAAUGGGGACCCCGAUGCGCCGGUCUAUAAUCAAUUUGGGAAUCUUGUCAAGGGCAAAGCGACCAAGGAAGAGGCCGAGAAGAAGAAGAAAGAGAUGCAAAAGGAAAAGGAAAAGGAGAAGAAGGAUUCAACCUGA